ACAUGGCGUCCGCCUCCUCCUCCCUAUCCUAUAUACAGCCACGUUGCUCCGGCUUCGAGCUCUCUCUUCUUGUACCUCCUCGUGCUCGUCUUCAUCGCCGUCGUCGAUCCGCGGCAAGCAAUGAGGCCGCCGCGCGCCAUGCUCGUGCUCGCCGCCGCGGCGGCGCUGGUGCUGCUGCUGCUUCUCGCGCCCGGCGCGCGCGCCGACGACGACAGCGGGUGCGGGGCCGGCGGCGCGGCGGCGCCGGGCGACCGCGCGCGGGCCAAGGCGCUAAAGAUCGCGGCCUUCUUCUCCAUCCUCGUGUGCGGGGCGCUGGGGUGCUGCCUGCCCGUGCUGGGCCGCCGCGUGCCGGCGCUGCGGCCCGACGGCGACGUCUUCUUCCUCGUCAAGGCGUUCGCCGCGGGGGUCAUCCUCGCCACGGGGUUCAUCCACAUCCUCCCCGACGCCUUCGAGAAGCUCACCUCCAAGUGCCUCCCUGCCGGCGAGCCGUGGCAGGACUUCCCGUUCGCGGGGUUCGGGGCCAUGGUCGGCGCCAUCGGCACGCUCGUCGUCGACACCGUCGCCACGGGCUACUUCACGCGCAUCCACUUCAAGGACAGCGCCGCCGCCGCCGGCGUGAGCGCCGCCGGCGUCAGGGACGAGGAGAAGCAGCAGGCGACGGCCGCGGCGCCGCCGCACGCCGCCGGAGGGGGCGACGAUCACGAGGGCCACGUGCACAUGCACACGCACGCGACGCACGGCCACGCGCACGGCUCCACGGCGCUCGUGGCCGCCGUCGGCGGCGGCGAGGGCGACAAGGAGCACGCGCUGCGCCACCGUGUCAUCGCCCAGGUCUUGGAGCUUGGGAUUGUGGUGCACUCGGUGAUCAUCGGCAUCUCCCUCGGCGCAUCGGAGGAACCGAGCACCAUCAAGCCCCUGGUGGUCGCCUUGAGCUUCCACCAAAUGUUCGAGGGCAUGGGCCUCGGCGGCUGCAUCGUUCAGGCGAAGUUCAAGCUCCGGUCAAUUGUGACCAUGGUCCUCUUCUUCUGCCUGACGACGCCGGUGGGCAUCCUCGUCGGCAUUGGGAUCUCGUCGGUCUACAAUGAGGAUAGCCCGACGGCGCUUGUCGUGGAGGGCAUCCUCAACUCUGUCGCGGCGGGGAUCCUCAUCUACAUGGCGCUCGUUGACCUCCUCGCCGAGGACUUCAUGAACCCCAAGGUGCAGAGCAGGGGGAAGCUCCAGCUCGGCAUCAACGUGUCCAUGCUCGUCGGCGCCGGGCUCAUGUCCAUGCUGGCCAAGUGGGCCUAGUCAUUACACCUGUUUUUGUUCUAUGUACAACCGAGGAGCUAAUUCUUGCAGCUAAGGAAAGACGACGAGGAGGGUUGCUUUUGCAGUUUCCUAGUAAUCCCAUCCUAAGUUAACUACCGUAUUCCAUCUAUUCAGGGAGGGUUAGGACGGAUUAUUGGUUUGUCCCAAUAAUUAUUGAGAAAAGAGAAAGAUAAAGAGGACCUGCUCGAGCAUAAUCUCCAAAUACGGUAGUUGGAUUGGGGAAUGGGGAUCUGUUGCAGAUGCUCUUACGUUAUUUUUUUCCUUUCCAAAUUUGUGUUGUUGUAACGGUUUCAAGCAGAUUUGGACUAGACAAAAUCAUCGACAGGUGGUUAUACUCAUGCAGCACCUGGGAUCUCCUCCUUGUUCC